AUGUAUCCUUCAAGAAAGCUUCUUGUUCUCUUCUUUGCAUCGAUAUCUCUUUCCAUGGCGAAACCAACCUUCGUAUCUCUGCCGAUAAUGUCAAUUUCGCAUUCAAAUCCCUUACGAUUCGAAAUCUCACGUUCCUCGGCGAUUCCCAUCUCCGAAAUGGCGUCGUCGGACUCACGAGAGAGCUCCGCGUUCCCCCGGCACGGUCAUCUACAACACACCGAUCCGGAUUCGAACACCACGGCGUCUUUCUUCACACACUUCUCCUUCUCCGUCCAAAACGUGAACCCAGAUUCCUCCGGCGACGGGCUCUCUUUCUUCCUCUCCCACGACAACGAUACUCUAGGAAGUCCCGGAAGUUACCUGGGUCUCGUCAAUUCCUCUCAGCCGAUGAAGAAUCGCUUCGUCGCAAUCGAAUUCAACACCAAAUUGGAUCCUCAUUUCAACGACCCGAGCGGAAAUCACGUCGGCGACAGUUUAAACUCAAUCGCGACCUCGGAUCCAUCCGUUUGUCUCAAAUUGAUCUGA